AUGUAUGAUGGGAGCUCAGAUCCGGACGAUCAUCUGAAUGUAUACAACUCAGUCAUGAACUUGUUCACUUAUCCUAUGCCGGUAUGGUGUAAGCUCUAUCCGGUCAUGCUACGGGACCAGGCCCGGCUGUGGUUCGAUAAUCUUGCUUCCGGAAGUAUUCACUCUUGGACACAGCUCGAAGAAGCCUUCCGUCUACAUUUCCUACCACAAAAGAAGUUCCAGAAGGCAAGAGAAGAGUUGUUUACCAUUAAACAGAGGGAUCAAGAGACACCACGUGCUUAUGUAGAGCGUUUCGCCAAAGAGCGCACAAAUAGGAUCUCGGUUUUACACGGAAUUCAUGGAGAAUCUUCCAAAUACAAAAGGGCAAACAAAUAUGCUCGAGGGGAGGAAGCCAACUGGAAGUGUAGGGACGAGUCUCAGAGUGCCCGAAGACCUGAAGCUAAAAGCCGUGGCCCAUCCGUCUAUCAGAUAGUCACUCCAAAAAUACCUAGGAGGCAUCAAGAGUUUCCGAAACCUUACCCCUCUGAACAAAACACCCAAGGUGAUCCUGCAGAUUGUUUCCGCGAAAGGCAUUCUGAAGCCACCUCCGAAGAUGAACAAAAUGGCCAGCUCGCUAAGUUUGCAUUGGAGGCGCAGAAAGGUGACAUGAAUUCCCAGAAGAAGGACCGCGCAACUGAUGCUUCAAGAAAGGUCAGAAGGGGGCAGUACAACUGGAACAUAAAUUGUGAUGGAGAGAAGCCCAAUCGAGAAGUCAACCAGGUGGUAACGAGAGACAUCUUGAGUAUCAUCGGGGGAUUAGCUGUGGGCGAUCCGGAAUCACAGAGAAAACUCGAUGUCGGAAGGUUCCGGAUGGAGAUGCCGACAACCGAAGACUUAAACCUUCUGAAACAAUCACUUUCUUCUAUGAGGACCCUGUUCCGGAACGUCAUGUAG